CUGACUCUCCACAGCGAGGACGUCCCGCAGCUGAACAAGUCCUAAGACCGACCGAAAGACGGCGAGAGGCUUAGAGAAGUUGUCAGCUCCAGGUCGCUCCUCCUCUUCAUCAUCUUCAUCCUCCUCUUCUUCACCUCCUUCAUCGUCCUCGGCUCCUGAACCAGUGAGGUCAUGGCGUGUGUUGCUCUCUUCUUCCGGGUCCUGAUCCUGCUGCUGGGAGGGACGCUGCUGCUCGGCGGUUUGGCUGCACAGAGGACCAGAGUGCGGCGUCAGAAUAUGAAGGUCCAGAUCAACGCCACGGGCGACACCAUCAUCAUGAAGUUUGUGCGUCCGAGUCCCGACGUGAAGCUGGAGGGUUACAUUCUGGGUUACGGCAGCAGCAUGUUCUCCAAACAGUUCAUCCCGCUGCCCGAGAACGGAGAACCCUAUGAGACGGAGCUGGACGCAGAGCCAAAGUACCUGGUGGCCGUCCAGCCAAUCCCAGUCAACGACGUGAAGAAACACUGCACAGGGAAGGUGAACCUGGAGAAGCCGCUCCACCUGGUGAUCGGCUCGGUCAGUCCUACCGCCGUGCUGUUGUCCUGGGGAAACUACCUGAAGACGCCGUACGAGGGGAACAUCAUGAACGAGUGUCUGGAGGAUGGGUUCUAUACCAUCCGCUACAGAGAGAGGAACAGGAAGUGGAUCUAUCAGACGUGCCCGACCGGCGACACGGUUGUCGACAACCUCAAACCUAACACGCCGUAUGAGUUCGGCGUUCGCUCCAACAAGGACGACCGCAGCAGCAUGUGGAGCAAACCGGUCAUCCACAACACCAACAUGGGCAAUAAAAACACUCAGAAGCCGUUUAAGCUGAGAAAUCCUCUGGCUAAGCCUCUGAAACCUCUGGGCCCUCACGCUCUCUUCCCUCCUCGUCUCGCGCUGCACAACAGGACACACCUCCCUCUCUUCCCCGGAGCUCCUCGCACUUCUUUUGCGCCCCCUGAAGGUCGUCAGGAGACUGCAGAGCCUAACUCUCCUCAUGUUUCACUCGACAAAGGAAACUCUUUUACAAACGACACCAUGAAACCAUCAGAGCGUCCUCCGGUCCUCCCCUCCCUCGUGUCCACCACAGCCCGUCCUGCAGACACCACAGCCUCCCCCGUCCUUAAACUAACCUCCGGGGAUGACUCACAUCAGGGACAGACUACUAAUGUGCCCCAGAUGACCUUUAACCCUGCCGCUUUCGUCCAAUCACAGGAUGAAUCAUCCCUGCUGAGAUCGGCUCUGGCCAAUGAGAGAGCCCAAACUAACCUCUGGGGUCAGGACAGCAAUCGGUCUCCUGCGCUGACUUUUCAGACCUACAACCCGGCAGCUCCCCUGCUGGUCAGAUCCAUGAGGCCUGCGUCCAGGAACCCUCUGUUCCCCUUCUCUAACAGACACCCCCCCGCCCCCUCUAGAGCCAGUACCUCAGCUCACAGCUCGGGGAUACUCGGGGUAAAUGGACAGCCUCAUCGGGGGGGCCUCUCCCCACCUCGACCAGCCUUAUGGUCCAGACCUCGACUCGGUUCCCUCCCUCGUCCGUCUGUGCCAAUCAACAAGAGACCCAACCUGGUGGGGAAACCUGGAGACACAGAUAAAGUCAACAACUUGAAGCAGACGGACAAACUGCCCGUCCUGAAACCCAAAGUACCUCCAGCAACCGUCAAACCCACCAAACAGGAACGCAAGCAGACGAGCACCGCUGCCCCGACCAUGGCCGGCAGUCGUCAGGAGACGUGGGAGGACUCGGAGCUCUUUCAGUCUCAGCCAACCUCUGAUGUCGACGCUUUGGGAAAGAAGCGUUACGUUGCUCCUCACGUCGUCUACCAAACAGGAAAGAAACCCGAUGAGCCGUGCUCCAUCACCUCCUCUCUCAACUACUUCCCUCAGGGCGAACGUGGCGACGCCAACGUGACGGCCCCGCCCAAGUCUCCGCCCUCUAACCUCACGGUGGUGACUGUGGAGGGAUGUCCGUCCUUCAUCAUCCUGGACUGGGAGAAAACCGACAACGACACCACAGAGUAUGAAGUCAUCUCCACCGCCAAAGGACCCGAUGGCGAGCAGGUCUCCAUCCUGACCACCAACCAGACUCACACGGCCGUGGAAAACCUCAAGCCUGAGAGCAGCUAUGAGUUUAAGGUGAAGCCGAAGAACGAGCUGGGUGAGGGUCCUCCCAGUGAGCCGGUCUCCUUCAGCACAGAGUCAGCGGACCCUCGGGUGAGCGAGAACGUGUCAGGGAAAGACGCCAUCUGGACGCAGUUUCCCUUCAAGACGGACUCGUACUCUGACUGUCACGGCAAACAGUACGUGAAGAGGACCUGGUACCGCAAGUUUGUGGGCGUGCAGCUGUGCAACUCGCUCAGGUACAAGAUCUACCUGAGCGACUCGCUCACCGGUAAAUUCCACAACAUCGGAGAUCAGACAGGCUUCGGGGAGGAUCACUGUCAGUUUGUCGACUCGUUCCUAGACGGACGGACGGGCCGACAGCUCCAAGCCGACCAGCUGCCCUCCAGACCAGGUUUUUAUCGUGCCAUUCGUCAGGAGCCCGUCCACUUUGGACAGAUCGGAGGCCCCUCCCACAUCAGCUACGUGUCAUGGUACGAGUGUGGGACGCCGAUCCCCGGGAAGUGGUGAGAGGACUGGUGGUCUUUGGGGGGGAGGAGGCCCCGCCCCCUCCUCAGUGCUGUAAAAACAUGUAGAGGACAGACUGUCAGGGAGAAAUAUGUAAACAUGCCUCAUCUUAACUAUUUAUCAAACAACAGCAGGAAACAUGGAGGCGUGUCCUCUCUGCAGAGGGGGCGUGGCUAACUUACCAUACAGUGAUUUUAUUUUGUUAUAAAAGGGAAGCUGGCUCCCUGAAGACUAUGUUCUUACCGUGUGAGAUGUUUUAUUUAUCUGGUUACAUUUCGACCGUCACAGAGUAUUAUGGGAUGUGUUACAGGGUCAGACAGGUACCUGCUGCUCUUACCUGGACCUCACCUAAAGACGGGGCUGGUUCUCAUGACGGGAAAAUAUUAAGCUGGGUUAGCUCUGGGUUAGCUCUCGUUAGCUUUCGUUAGCUCUCGUUAGCUCAGGGUUAGCUUUCAUUAUCUUUCGUUAGCUCUGGGUUAGCUCUCGUUAGCUCUGGGUUAGCUUUCAUUAGCUUUCGUUAGCUCUGGGUUAGCUCUCGUUAGCUUUCGUUAGCUCUGGGUUAGCUCUCGUUAGCUUUCGUUAGCUCUGGGUUAGCUCUCGUUAGCUCAGGGUUAGCUUUCAUUAGCUUUCGUUAGCUUUCGUUAGCUCUGGGUUAGCUCUCGUUAGCUCUGGGUUAGCUCUCGUUAGCUCUGGGUUAGCUGUGGGUAAGCCCAGCUGCACGCCGCUGACCUGCACGCCGUUCUGAUGCGUCUGUGAGUUCAGUGUGAGGACUCUCUCACCUGAGUCUCGUCCUUUACCUCCUCAUACAGACCAGCACAAAGUCACGGACACGACAGAAAGAUUAAGAUUUACUUUAUUCAUCCCGCAAGGAGAAAUUCAGUUUAAAACAGAAACAGAGAAGAAGAAGUGUAAUGUUGGCUGUCGACCUCGCAGAUGUUCAGAACACAGCUGGUUAAGGACAGGUGUGACUCUGAGCGGGCAGCUGAGUCUACAGGUGGUGCUGUAGACGCUCCGUGUGGGCAUUAUCUUCUUCUUCUUCUCUUCAGGGUUUGAGGACUGUUGAUCUAUGUGUCGGUGUCUCAAAGCUGAAAAGUGCUUUCUGUCCGUUAAUCUAACAUCCUGGUCCUCACUUGACUUAUUAUUCCCAUAGCUAGCAUGCUAGGUGGCUAAUGGUCUCAGACCUAUCAGGAGUUCUGUUCUUCAUAAAGGUUAGAACGUGACUAACACAUGAACACGAGCUACAUGCUAAUGCUAACUCUUCAUUAUCUCUCUUGUGUUUAAAUUUGCUCUGAAGAUUGUAAAUAAAGUUUCUCCACGAGGCUGGAUGAAGAUGUUUUUAUAAAAAUGUUUUUAUAUUCAGUGUCAAUAAAAACCUUUUUUUUUAAAA